AUGUCCACCUUAUUGUCAAUUAUCAGCUUCUCAAUUCUGAUCAUGGAAAUCCUCAUUGGAAUGGUAGCAAAUGGAUUUAUUGUCCUCACCAAUGUCAUUGAUUGGCAGAGAAGCAGGAACCUCUCCAUGACUGAUCUGAUCCUGACCUGUCUUAGCUUGGCCAGACUGGCUUGGCUGGCAGUGGUGAUUCUAGGUGUGACUAUGGUUUCCUUUUUUUUGAGCACCUAUGUGUUGGAUCAUGUACAUUUAAUGUUUACCAUCAUGUGGGCAUUUACAAAUAGUGUCAACCUUUGGUUUGCUGCUUGUCUCGGUGUUUGGUACUUAAUGAAGAUCGCCAUCUUCUCCCCCAUUUUCCUCCAGGUGAAGCGAAGUCUCUCUGGACUGGUACCAUGGCUGCUUCUGGGCUCAGUGGUCCUCUCUGCUUUUAUGACUAUUAUUACUGUCACAGCUUUGAAAACUGGCUCUUCCAUUUACAACCCAUACAAAUCACUUGUAAGCAACAGCAAUGAGUCAGAAAUUAGAAAUCGUACCUUAAGUGAGAGGCUCGUCAUUCUAAGCAUUGCCCCAAAUUUCUUCCCCAUGGCAUUAUUUGUACUCUCCAUCAUCUUCUUAAUAAUCUCUCUCUGGAAGCAUAUGAGACAUUUGCAACGCGACGGAGUCUGCACCAGCGAUCUCAACACCAAAGUUCACUUGACUGCCCUCAAAGCUCUGGUUUCCUUCGCUGUUCUGUACUUGUUUGGUUUUGCGGCGACCACUUUACAGACAACGCUGACAUGGACAACGAAGGAUGCUGCUCAAAUAUCUGUGUUUUUUCACAAUGUAAGUACUCUAUACCCCUCUGGACACGCCAUUAUCCUGAUAUUACUUAAUCCCAAACUGAAACAGGCGUGGGUCAGGAUGAUGCCAAAUUUAAAAUGCCAUCUGAGGAAGACACCAUCUUAA